UGAUAGGCCUAUGCUAUUGUAUGCUUAUGGAUUUCAGUGUGAUUAUGAGUGCGGCAGGUAGCCUAGCGUUUAGAGCGUUUGACCAGUAACCGAAAGGUCCCUGGUUCGAAUACCCGAGCCGUCAAGGUGAAAAUCUGUCCAUGUGCCCUUGAGCAAAGCACUUAACCCUAAUUUGCAACAGGGGCACUGUACUGCUAUGACUGCCCUGUAAAACAACACAUUACACUGCACCUAUCCAGUCGAUGUGACAAGAAAACUUCUAAUUAAAUGUGAGCCUGAACAUGCCAUACUGAGGAUGCCAAGUCAAGUUCAGUUGACCCAUUGUAAAGUCCCGCCCCAUGAGUUACUUUUGCAAUCUGCUUUUUGUUGUUGUUGUUGUUUUUCCCCCCACCAGAGGCGAGGAGAUGACUUUGAGACCGUGUCUUUCUGGCUGGCCAACACCUGCCAGUUCCUACACUGCCUGAAGCAGUACAGUGGAGAGGAGGCGUUUGUAAAGAACAACACCCCGCGGCAGAAUGAGCACUGCUUGUGUAACUUUGACCUGUCAGAGUACCGUCAGGUCCUCAGCGAUCUGGCCAUUCAGAACUACCAGCAGCUGGUCAGAUGCAUGGAGGAGGCCCUGCAGCCCAUGAUAGUUCCGGGUAUGCUGGAGCAUGAGAACUUCAGGGAGUUCUGGGGUCUAACCCACGGGCCUACGGAAGAGGACGUCCAGUUGCCCCGGAGAGGCUGUUUACACCGGGGUGAGGCAGCAGUUUACAUCAUCUGUUCUGUCACUCUCAACAACCUGCUGCUGAGAAGGACAUGUGCUCCUGGAGUAAAGGACUGCAGAUCAGCUGGAGAGCUGGAGGAGAAGGGGCUGCCAGACUGUGGAGCUAAAGAGAUGCUGGAGCCGCUGAUCCAGGCCGCUCAGGUUACAGGUCAAGAAGAAGACUAA